UUGGUCUUCAGAACGAGAAACAUCUCUUGAAUUCAUUAAACAUGAACACUUUAGUUAAAGGAUGGUUUAGUGAAAUAUCUGACGAACUUUGGCCUGGACAAUGCUUUUCUUUGAAAGUAAAAGAAAUUUUGCACGAAGAAAAGUCUGAGUUUCAAGAUAUUAAAAUUCUAGACACGGAAACUUACGGUAAAGCAUUAAUUCUUGAUGGUGUAAUUCAAUGUACGGAAAGAGAUGAGUUUGGAUAUCAAGAGUUAAUCUCGAUGAUUCCGAUUUGUAGCCAUCCUAACCCAGAACGUGUUCUUAUUGUCGGUGGUGGCGAUGGUGGUGUUGCCAGAGAAGCCAUCAAACAUCCAGCAGUUAAAGAAGUAUAUCAAGUUGAAAUCGAUGGUCGUGUUGUUGAUUUAUCAAAAAAAUAUUUGCCAUUUAUGGCUUGUGGUUUUGAUUCACCGAAAGUUCAUCUUACGAUCGGCGAUGGAUUUGAAUUCAUGAAAAACCAUAAAGAAGAGUUUGAUGUCAUCAUUACUGAUUCUAGUGACCCGAUAGGUCCCGCUGUCUCACUUUUUCAAGAAAGUUAUUUUGAAUUGAUGAAAAAAGCAUUAAGGCCUGGAGGAAUUAUUUGUUCUCAAGGGUCAAACUUUUGGAUUGAUUUGGAGCAUGUCAAAGAAACUUUAAAAGCGUGCGCAUGUCAUUUCAAAAACACGAGUUAUGCAAUGGCAAUGGUUCCAUCAUACCCAUGUGGUUCCAUUGGUUUCGUUAUUGGAUGCUUAGAUGAGAAGCGUGACUUGAAAACUCCCUUGCAUUGCUUCACAACAGACCAAAUUGACAAACUUAACUUCAAAUAUUACACAAGUGAUGUACACAAAGGAGCUUUUGCCUUGCCUCGAUUUGCUGCUAAAGCUUUUGAAUUUUAAUUUGAUGAUUUCGUUUAUCUAUUCAAGAAAUGAUUGGAAUAAAAACUUUUUUCUUUUCAUUUUGAAAAACG